CGCCCUCCCUCGCCCCCGCCCUCCGCAGAACGAUGUCUGCCACCCCGGACUACAACAAGGUGCUUUACGCACCCCUUGCCGAGAUCGACCCCGAGGUGCAGAACAUCAUCGACAAGGAGACAUGGCGGCAGUUCUCUGGUCUUGAGCUCAUUGCGUCUGAGAACUUGACGAGCAGGGCGACGAUGGAGGCCAACGGCUCGAUCCUCACCAACAAGUACUCCGAGGGCCUGCCCAACGCGCGCUACUACGGCGGGAACGAGUACGUCGACGAGCUCGAGCUUCUGUGCCAGAAGCGCGCCCUCCAGGCGUUCCACCUCGAUGCGGCCCAGUGGGGCGUCAACGUGCAGCCCUAUUCCGGCUCCACUGCCAACUUUGCGGCCCUCACUGCGCUUAUUCAGCCCCAGGACCGUCUCAUGGGUCUUGGCCUCCCCGACGGUGGCCACUUGACGCACGGUUACUACACCGCUAAGAAGAAGAUGACGGCGUCGUCUAUCUACUUCCAGUCGCUCCCCUACGGCCUCGACCCUGCGACCCAGUUGAUUGACUACGAGGGUGUCGCCCGGCUCGCGAAGAUCUACAAGCCCCGUCUCCUCAUCUGCGGUGCGUCCGCGUACCCGCGUGACUGGGACUACAAGGCUCUCCGCGCGAUCGCGGACGAGCACGGCGCGUACCUCAUGGCCGACAUCGCGCACACGAGCGGUCUCGUCGCCGCCGGCGAGCUCGCGGACCCCUUCCAGUACUGCGACGUCGUCACGACCACGACGCACAAGACGCUCCGUGGCCCCCGUGCCGGUCUCAUCUUCUUCAAGCGGGAUGCAGACAAGGCGAAGGACCUCGAGAAGCGCAUCAACGACGCCGUGUUCCCGGCGUGCCAGGGUGGCCCCCAUAACAACACCAUUGCCGGUAUCGCCACCGCCCUCCUCCAGGCGUGCCAGCCCACCUGGAAGGCGUACGCCAAGCAGGUCAUCGCGAACGCGACCACCCUCGGCAAGGAGCUCGUCGAGCGCGGCUACAAGCUCCAGACGUCGGGCACGGACAACCACCUCGUCCUCUGGGACCUGCGCCCGCUCGGCCUCACCGGCUCGAAGCUCGAGAAGCUCUGCGACCUCGUCGGGAUCACGAUCAACAAGAACGCGGUGUCCGGCGACGCGUCCGCGCAGGUGCCUGGGGGCAUCCGCCUCGGCACGGCCGCGCUGACGUCGCGCGACAUGCGCGAGGACGACAUGAAGGUCGUCGCGGAGUUCCUGCACCGCGCGGUGCAGACCGCGCUCGUGCUCCAGAAGGAGGCGGGCAGCAAGCUCCUGAAGGACUUCGUGCGCGUCGCGAGCGUGCCCGAGGAGGGCAAGGUCGGCGCCGCGCAGGUGCAGGACAUCAAGAAGGGCGUGCAGGAGUUUGCGCGCAGGUGGCCGCUCCCCGGUGUGGAUGUGUCGCAGCUGACGCGCCCUGCCGGCAUCGAGGAGUAAGCUGCUGCUGCUGCUUAGAGUGGUGUGUAACAUAUUGUGAUCGUGGUUGGAGGAGACGGGGACGGGGUCGUGUUGGAUAGAGCUCGCGAAAGUAAAAUAGUGCGUCGGGUAUUUCAACAUAAUCCGGCCCUCCCAGACGUUCAACAUCUCUGGGUCGUACAUCUGUAUUAGUAGAUUCCACUCACUAUCGUCGCUCUGCAAAACAUAUUGCUGUAACAUGUAUACAGAUAUAUGGCGUGG